AAAUUUUUUCCUUUGGAUUGUACUAUAAAGGAUUUGAUAUCCCAGUUAUCAUUCGAUCUUUCUGUGUAAAACAUGAGAAAAUAAGGUUAAGGAUGGUAUCUUUCCGUCCAAGUAUUGGUUUCCUUCCUGUCGUACUUAUUUGAUCGGCUAUACAAAAGGGAUGGCUUCGUUCUCUCCAUGACAGGACCAGCAUGGACAACAACAACAGUAUUCCUUACGGAUCGAUAUCUUGGGACAAUGAAGAUUCGUUUCCUCCAACGAAUCAGCCAAGGGAACCACGUGGAAUUCCUCCACUAAGACCUUCCACUUUACCCAGCAGUAAUGGUCUAAGAUACUCUCUACGAGGUCCACAUUUUCCGCCACCGCAACAAAGAAUCCAGGGUGUUGGAAUUUCCAGAAAUGUAGAGUUAGCAAACCGUCUCCAACAGGGAGACACGCCACAGACCAGCUUUCAACAGCCCAGUAGUUCUAGUGCAAGUUCUGCUCCAUACGAAAGAUACUUUACAUUGCAACCUUCGCGAAGCACUUCGCAUGUGCAAAUGCAUUCUAUGGAACCACAAUCCUCAAACUGUGUGAAUUCAACUACUGAAGGUCAAACGUAUGCCACAUUAUACGCGAAUCCUGCACCAGGGUCCAGUUCUGGUAACCCUGCAUUGACUUCAGUCUCAGAAGAUCCCAAUUUUUCAGCCCCUAGUGUUUAUAAUGAAAAUGCUUGCAAUAAUAAUAUAGAGAUGUCUCAAGGCCUUUCAAGAGGAGGGAGCUAUGAAAGGUUUCAUGCAAGCAGAGCAAAGAGAAAAAGUAGUUUAUCAAGUGAUGAAGGACAAGAUGGUCCUUCGACCAAGCAAUUUCUGUCAGAGGAAAGAAUGGCGGCAAGGAUGCACAAUUUGCGAAUAAGCAGUGACCACAAUUACCCAGUAAAUAUCAUACAACGCUUUAUGGACAGCUUUAAUCAGGAAUCUAAGAGUUCUCAAAGCCAAAUUAAUGAUGAUGAUGAUGAUGAACUUGAAAAUGCAGAUGAGAUGCAAAGAAGGAUAGACAACGUACCGGUGUUUGUUCUGUCAUCUCACGUGAAGGAAGCUAUGGCCAAAACUGAGCCGAUUAUUCCAGAGGCUAUUUACAAUCAGUUAAGCAAGCCUUGUUUAGCUGUUGUUCCAUGGAAAAGUCCUAAUGAUAGAUUUACCCCUUCAACAGGAAGAAAACAAGUUGAUGAGGACAAGAAUGAAAGUGAACCAAGUAGCAGCAGCAGCAGCAGUUCCUGUACCAGUCUUGUUAUGGAAAGUAUCCCAGAAGAAACAGAACAGUUUCAGGACAAAGGCGUUCAUCAUGUUGAGAUUGUUGGCGAAUGCAACACGUUUAAUUUUGAAGAUGAUGACAUGGAGCUAUAAAAAUAUGUUAUUUAUAUUCUUCUAAUAAUUACUAUUAUUGUAUCUAAAGAAUGUUGAUUAUAAUUUGAUGAUAAUGUCAUUCUUCAAGCAAAUAUUUCCAGAACUGUUAUAUAAAUUGUAGUUACUUUGUUGUCAAACUUAUCUUUUUUUCGAAUUCCAUUCGGGAAGUAAAUGUGCACAAAAUGUAAAAUUUUUCUUUGUUGAAAUGAUGUUUGUGUUGUUUGUUCCAUAUCCAAUGUUACAAACUGGCAAAACUGCGAAUAUUUGAGUCCUCUGGUGUUCACUUUGUAACAUAUAGUUAUUUUGGGAGAAUUGGAAGAGUGAAAUAUAUCCCUUCCUUGCCUAACUUCCAUCACAAAAUGUUACAGGCACCUGUGAGUGACAACAACUGGACAGGCUGUAUUCAGAGGCUGGGCACUUAUUUUCAAAUAACUGAGAAAAGUCAAAUUAUCUAGUAUAUGCUCUGUGAAAUGGUUGUUCUUAUUGCAGUCCAGUAAAAAGUUUUUCUUGUCAGUGGGUGACAACACCCUCAUAGUUCGUACCCUGUGACCAGAGUUUAGGGCGGGAAAAAACCCAGGUCCUACUGCCCGGGGCAAGUAAAUUUUACGCUUGAGCAAGUGAAAAUGGAAGUUUGGUGGUCCGGUAGGCAAGUGAAAUUAACCUCAGCAGUUUUGUUACGGAUCAUUUCCAAUAAAAAACAAUUUCAAAACUUAAGACUGCAAGAUGAGCAAAUCAGUGAGUUAAAAGCAUGGAUUAAUUUAAAAUCAAAGCAUACUUGAUUAUAGACAGUACCUGACAAAUAAAGUACCGGUAGUUGUUUCAAGAGGCAUUCAUGCAUGCCAAUUGGACAAGCAGAUUUUAGUGAGGGCAAGUGAAAACUGAAAUGUACUGGCCUCCUUGGCAACUGGAUUUUAAUUGUUUUUUCCUGCCCUGGAGUUGCUUUGAUCUUUCCGAGAUAAGUCGCCUUCCUCUUUACUGACUUAUCUAGGAAAGAUUGGAGCAACUCUGCUUGUAGGGUACAUAGUUGAAGGAUAAAGCAUUCAGCAAACAUUUGUGUGACCAAAGUGUACAAAGUCAUGUGGGAAUGUUUGCUAUGUGGCCCACAAUGAGUUGGGUUAUUUUUGUGACAAGCAUAACAACCAUAACAGGUUACAGUUGGUUAAUAUUUAGUGCUUAUUUAGUAAUGCAAUACAAAGUGUGUAAACAAACUGCAUGGCAACAAAGAAUUCAGAAUUGUAGUAUGAAAAGGUGAGUUUCUAUUACAAGCAUUCAAAAUCUCUCCAGACCCAUUAACAUAGAGAAUGUUCUACAGUCUACAUAACAUUGUAGUGAUUUUGUUGAAAUAGAUUGUUACAAAAAGUAUAUCAAUCAAAAACUAUCCACUUAAUUUAAAAAUUUAGUUACCUUAGAAAAUGGGUGCAGUCAUAAAAUUAUUCUGUACAACUUUCUUUUAUGAUAAAUAUGUUAGGUCUUUGGAGAAUAAGCUCUGCCAAGUGUGAUUACUGCAAAAGCUCUCUUAGCCCCCUUCAACUUGGUAAUAGGUCUUAAUUUUGUCCAGGUGUCUGUAAACAUACAACUGUACUCUGGCUUCACAGUUACCCUAUAUUUGAUGAAUCACUCAUAUGGAAAAUACUGACCAAAUACACCUUCUUAUGGUUUCUGAUGCCAUCUUAAUUGGGGGCCAAACAUGGCAAAAAUUCUAGUAAAUGCAUGGGGAAAAUGGAGAAUCUUAGUCUAACAACUUGCACAAAAUUUGAGUUUUGAAGCAUUUAUGAAUUAAAAACUUAAGUUACUUGGUCAAAGAAUUUACAGAUCACAUUUGAGGGAAAUAGCCUUGCUAGAAAAGCCUCAAUUAAGUUUUCAUUUUCAUAUGUAUUUCUGCAAAACUGAGUCGCAAUUCCCACGAAAAUUUAGACAUUUGUCUUAAAAAUUAAAAGUGGAAUUUAUUCCUUGUCUGACAGCAAAUCUAUGUUUUUCAAAUUUUAUCAACAAAAAUUUCUGCUGAGUACCUUUUCCUUGUAACUCAUCAAAUACUAAGAACGUCAAUCACUCUCAAGUUAUUGGGCAUCAAAUUUGUAACUUUUCUCAAACAUUUACUGCAAUAUUUGCUGUGUUUGCCCCCAAGCAAGAUGGCGUCAGAAACCGUGUCUAUUAGACUUCAAGUCCUUGAUGCAUUACCAUGCAUUUUAGAGAGUAAAAGAUUUGAAAAAUU